AGAAAAAGGAGAAAAAUAAAAAAGAUUAUCUGGCAAAGUUCUCUGCUUCUUGUUUCCGAGAAAGUUGAAGCAGACAAGCAGAAAAAUUUCAGAUUUCUCUUUUCUCGAGCUAAGCUCUCAGCUCAAAGCACACACGCACGAACGCUCGAUUCUGUUGUUUCUCGUUUGAUUGAAGGAUAUCGAAAGCUCAAAUUCCGAUCUUUUUGUGGAAUCCUGACCAAGUUUCAUUUUCUGGAAAUGGGCUGUGAGGUCUCCAAGCUAUCUGCACUUUGCUGCGUUUCAGAGUCUGAAAGAUCCAAUCCUGAUGUUACAGGCUUAGACGAGGAAAGGAGAGGUGAAUCAGAUGAUUUGCCUCAGUUUCGUGAAUUCUCUAUCGAUACUUUAAGGAACGCUACUUCAGGAUUUGCAGCAGAGAACAUAGUUUCAGAGCAUGGAGAGAGAGCUCCAAAUGUUGUGUAUAAAGGGAAGCUUGAGAACCAUAGACGAAUUGCUGUUAAAAGGUUUAACAGGAAAGCUUGGCCUGAUUCUCGGGAGUCACAACCAAUGAAGUGGGCGAUGAGACUGAGAGUAGCCUUACAUAUUGCUCAGGCGCUAGAGUAUUGUACUGGCAAAGGGCGUGCACUUUACCAUGACCUAAAUGCUUAUAGAGUUCUCUUUGACGAUGAUGCGAAUCCAAGACUUUCGUGCUUUGGUCUGAUGAAAAACAGUAGAGAUGGAAAGAGUUACAGCACUAACCUGGCAUUCACUCCUCCUGAGUAUCUGAGAACAGGUCGCGUGACGCCAGAAAGUGUGAUGUACAGCUUUGGAACUCUGUUGCUGGACCUCCUCAGUGGAAAGCACAUUCCUCCAAGCCAUGCGUUGGACCUCAUACGAGACAGGAACAUUCAGAUGUUGAUGGAUUCAUGCUUGGAAGGUCAGUUUUCAAGUGACGAUGGGACUGAACUAAUAAGGUUAGCUUCAAGAUGCUUGCAGUACGAGGCCCGAGAGAGGCCUAACCCAAAAUCGUUAGUCGCUGCAAUGGUUCCUCUUCAGAAGGAUCUUGAGAUUGCUUCUCAUCAACUUAUGGGCAUACCCAACAGUGCGUCGACCUCCGCUCUUUCACCACUUGGAGAAGCAUGCCUAAGAUCAGAUCUAACUGCCAUACAUGAGAUCAUUGAAAAGCUUGGAUAUAAAGAUGACGAGGGUGCAGCCACAGAGCUUUCAUUCCAGAUGUGGACCAACCAGAUGCAGGACACACUGAUCUUUAAGAAAAAGGGAGAUUCUGCAUUCCGACAUAAAGACUUUGCAAACGCCAUCGAAUGCUUUUCUCAGUUCAUUGAGGUAGGGACAAUGGUUUCACCAACUGUUUAUGCAAGGAGGAGUCUGUGUUACCUAAUGAAUGAGAUGCCUAAAGAGGCCCUAAACGACGCGAUGCAAGCCCAAGUGAUAUCUCCUGCUUGGCAUAUCGCAUCCUAUCUCCAAGCUGUAGCCUUGUCAGCUCUAGGACAAGAGAACGAAGCACACGCUUCUCUCAAAGACGGUGCAAUGCUCGAAAGCAAAAGAAACACUCUAACCGUGGUUCAACGCCACAACCCAUUUGUCUUUAAUUACAAGAAGUGGACUGUUUUUGUUGUUGUAGUUGUUUUGGGUUCAACGGCACAGACGUUUGUUUCCUAUUAUAGAGAAGAAAAGGAAAUUGUCCGAAGCCCACCGGAAAUUGAACUGAGAAAAUCGCUCCGAUCGGCGAAGAUUGAAGCGGAGCAUCCUCCGGGCAAGUUGCGGCGAAGACCUACGAAGAUGGGGAAACGAGGAGCUAAGAAGCUUACAAGAGCUGAAGGAGGACCUAAUCUCAAGUCUGAGCUAAGACAUGACCACUUGAAGAAUCUCGCUCUCUGGUCUUCCGGCGGAGACACUCCAAUCCCGUCGCUAGCUGCCUUGUUCGGCCGGCGCCUAGCUGCCGACGGAGAAGCUUCGGGGAUUCCUCAUAAUCCUGAUCUCGUCACUUGUCAAAGGUGUGAGACGAUUCUUCAGCCCGGCUUCAACUGCAAUGUCAGGAUCGAGAAGGUUUCCGCUAAGAAGAGGAAACACAUUAGUUGCAAGAAGUCUAACUUCUGUUUGCCUCAGAACAAUGUAGUUUACCACUGCAGCUUCUGUUCUCACCGUAAUCUCAAGAGAGGAACUUCGAGAGGUCAGAUGAAAGAGAUUUGCCCGCCCAAGCCAAAACCCAUUCGUCCACGUCCUGGGAUCAAGAAAGAGAUGAUGAUGUUGCCUCAAGAAACCCAAAGUAGCAUGCUUUCUUCACCUGAAAGAUCUGAGAAAGAUCAGGUGGAGAUUAGUGCUGUGAAUACACCAAAGCCAAUGCUUACGUUGGAGAGGGAUAGGAGAAUAAGAAAAUCCAAAAGUAAGAAACCGAUUGAGCCCGAAAGCGUUUCUGAGAAAACAGCUGGUGGAUCUAAUAAGAGGAAGAGAAAUACAUGGACAAGUAUGAUGAAGGAGACAGCUGAGACAAACAAGAGUUCUAGAGCUGCAAACUUAAAGAUACCAUUUCUCUUGUGAUCUGAUGUUAAUAUCUUUGCAAGUAAAAAAAAGAAGAGAUUUUAGGAAAAGCAGAGUAAAUAUAUCUCUUUGUGGUUCGGUUUUGAUUGCAAUGAUGCUUCUUUGAUACUCUUUUUCCUUUUGACUUUAGAUGUUUUGAUGAUUUGUGUGAGAAGUGAAAGUCAUAGUUCUUACAGAAAGUCAUAGUCAUUGAUCUGUUUUUAAGCCCUAAGCACC